AUGCCGUCAACAGCCAUGUGCAUGAGAACGCUACGUGCGUACGCCAAGUAUGGUCAGAACCAUGCUGCGCUCUUCGCGCGGUCCUUCUCGGCCACAGCCCGCCGCCGCGACAUCAACAAGGUCUACCCCUCUGCCGCCGAGGCGAUCAAGGACAUGAAGCCGAAUUCGACUCUUCUUUGUGGCGGAUUCGGCCUGUGCGGCGUACCAGACACUCUAAUUGACGAGGUACUCAAGAAGCCCGAGCUCAAGGGCAUUACCGCCGUCUCGAACAAUGCGGGCACCGACAACAGCGGCCUCGGCAAGCUGCUACGCACCAAGCAGAUCAAGAAGAUGAUCGCCUCGUACAUCGGCGAAAACAAGACCUUCGAAAGCAUGUAUCUGACGGGCGAGGUGGAGCUAGAGCUGACACCCCAGGGCACACUUGCCGAGCGGUGCGCGGCUGGUGGCAAGGGUAUCCCCGCCUUCUACACGCCGGCCGCCUUUGGCACGGUCGUCCAGACCGGCGAGCUGCCGCUGCGCAACAAGCCCGAUGGCACUCCCGACCAGUUCUCGUACCCCAAGGACGUCAAGGUAUUCAACGGCAAGAGCUACUUGCUGGAGCACUCCAUUGCGGGCGACUAUGCCUUUGUCAAGGCCUACAAGGCGGACCGGCUCGGCAACUGCCAGUUCCGCCUCGCUGCCAACAACUUCAACGGCGCCAUGGGGCGCAACGCCAAGAUGACGAUUGUCGAGGCCGAGCACAUCGUCGAGCCCGGCGAGAUUCCGGCCCGAGGCGGUCCACCUGCCCGGCAUCUACGUCAAGCGCGUUAUCCCAGAGCACAGCCGGAGAAGAACAUCGAGAAGUACACGUGGAGCAAGGACCCCGCUGAGGCCGCCGAGGAUCCCAAGUGCCGCCGCGGCGCUGGGCACGGGCGACACCAAGGCCAAGCGCGAGCGCAUCGUCAAGCGCGCGGCCAAGGAGUUCAAGAACGGCAUGAGGACGCGGACCUGAUCAACGCCGGCAAGGAGACGGUCACGCUCAAGCCGGGCGCGUCCGUGUUCGGGUCCGAGGAGAGCUUCGGCAUGAUCCGCAGCGGCCGCAUCAACCUGACCAUCCUGGGCGCCAUGCAGGUCAGCGCCGUCGGUGACCUGGCCCAACUGGAUGUUGCCGGGCAAGGUCAAGGGACGUGCGUGUCGAGAAUCCUUACCGAGCUGGGUGUCUUUGACGUCGACUUUGCCAAGGGCCUCACAUUGAUCGAAAUUGCUGAUGGCGUGACGGUGGACGAGAUCAAGGCCAAGACUGAAGCACCCUUCAAGGUUGCUGAUGACUUGAAGCCCAUGCUUUGA